AUGGAUGAGCCGACAGGUCACGUAAACUCCAGCCAGCAGUGGCCAGUCAUCGUCAACGCCUCUCUACAGAACAGUGACGUCACUAGACUGUUGCAGCAACAACAGCACAAGACCAGGGUUUCUGACACCACCCUUCGGCACACCUGCAUCUUCCCCCAGUCUGGAGUGGCGUUUAUGAUCAUCCCUCUUAACGAGUCACUCACAGAAUGGCCGCCUGGUGGCGACUCGGUCCUGGACAGUAGUUUAGUGGACAGGUUUAUGGAUAGGAAGCUGUACCUGCUACCAGCACACAACGCCAGUGAGUGCGUGCAGUCAAUGACAACUAUUGCAAAGGCAACCUACAAGCCAUCGUGCGAGAUGAUACGUCAUCGGCUGUGCAAACUGCUGGCCAAUCAGGUUUCAGAUGACAUCGUGCUGCAGAUUAUUUCCAGGCUUGGACUCAGUCAACAUGAGUGCCUUGUGCUUCAACAGGGCCUAGGAACCAUGGGAAGGGUGGCCCUGGCCAGCCGUGAGGAACUGUUAGACUGUAGCCUGGACUCGGAGACAGUCAACAGGGUCAUCAAAUUCUUCGAGAAGGACUGCGUAGUGAUUUGACAGAACA